GGGGUCAUGGAGUAGGAAUGCGAGUUUGACUGCCUGGGAGCUGGAAGGGAAGAGAAGUCUAGGGUCCGAAAGACAGAGACAACCCUAGCUCUGGAGGAAGAGGACAUGCGCCCCAGCUGCGUAUAGCAGCGAGAAUAAGUAGCAGAACACGAAGAAGUCUACUAGGGGACCCUAAGUGGAGGAAAAGCAGAGGGUGGGGCGAAGGCGGAGGCAGGGCAGAUAUAGGGGCGGGGCGUAGGCUAAAGUAUUAGGAAGUGAGAGGCGUGGUUGUCGCAAAAGUAGAGGAAGAUCAGAAGAGGGCGGUGCCACCUGGGAGGAGGCAGGGCAAAGCAGAGACGGAAGCCAUGCAGGACAGAAGUGGGGGCGGGGCCAGGGAAAUGGGGCGGGGCUAAACCCGAGCUGAGAGGCUAAGGCAGCGGAUGGAGUACUGGGUCCGGCCCGCGCGGUUUCCUGCCCGUGGCGGUCCCUCCUAGAGGUCGGCCAGGCCCAGUCACCCUCCCGUCCCAUCUCAGCGGGAGAACUCCGCUGGGGCCGGAGGAGCGGCUGCCGGCGUUAUCAUGCUGCUGCCAGUGUUUACUCUGAAGCUGCGCCACAAAAUCAGCCCGCGCAUGGUGGCCGUGGGUCGCUACGACGGAACCCACACGUGCCUGGCGGCCGCCACCCAAGCUGGCAAGGUUUUUAUUCACAAUCCUCAUGCACGUAGCCAGCGUCUAAACGUAUCUCGUCUUCUCCAGAGCCCCCUUGAUUCAGAUGUUUCCCUUCUCAACAUUAAUCAAGCAGUCAGCUGUCUUACAGCAGGAAUCCUGAAUCCUGAAUUGGGAUAUGAUUCUCUUCUGGUGGGAACCCAGACUAACCUUUUGGCUUAUGAUGUUUACAACAACUCAGAUUUAUUUUACAGAGAGGUUACAGAUGGGGCAAAUGCAAUAGUGCUUGGAACACUGGGAGAUAUUCCAUCACCUCUUGCGAUUAUUGGUGGAAAUUGUGCUCUUCAGGGCUUUGAUCAUGAAGGAAAUGAUCUAUUUUGGACGGUUACUGGAGACAAUGUACAUUCUUUAGCAUUGUGUGACUUUGAUGGUGAUGGAAAGAAAGAGCUUCUUGUUGGAUCUGAGGAUUUUGACAUCAGGGUUUUUAAAGAAGAUGAGAUUGUGGCAGAAAUGGCAGAAACAGAGACAAUUACUUCUCUUUGUCCAAUGUAUGGCAGUCGUUUUGGAUACGCUCUUUCUAAUGGCACAGUUGGUGUUUAUGACAAAACAGCACGAUAUUGGAGAAUUAAAUCUAAGAAUCAUGCAAUGAGCAUUCAUGCAUAUGACCUUAACUCUGAUGGAGUACGUGAACUAAUCACUGGUUGGUCUAAUGGAAAAGUUGAUGCCCGCAAUGACCGAACUGGGGAGGUCAUCUUUAAAGACAACUUUUCUUCAGCAGUUGCUGGUGUGGUGGAAGGAGAUUACAGGAUGGAUGGCCAUAUACAGCUAAUCUGUUGCUCAGUGGAUGGGGAAGUGCGAGGUUAUCUCCCUGGUGGUGCAGAAAUGAAGGGGAACCUGAUGGAUACAAGUGUGGAGCAGGAUCUGAUCCGAGAGCUUAGUCAGAAGAAACAGAACCUACUGCUGGAACUGCGCAACUAUGAGGAAAACUCCAAGCAGGCUGAAUCAAGCAGUCCAUUGAAUGAGUCUGAUGGGCAGCGGGGAAUUAUCCCUGCCAACACAAAGCUGCAAACAGCCCUUUCGGUGAACCUGGGCUCUGACAGUCAAGCUGCGCAUGUGGAAUUACGGAUCUCAACUUCAAAUGAUACCAUAAUCCGAGCAGUGCUUAUUUUUGCUGAAGGGAUUUUUACGGGUGAAAGCCAUGUGGUGCAUCCUAGCGUUCAGAACCUUUCCAGCUGCAUCCGAAUUCCUAUUGCUCCACCCAAGGAUGUUCCUGUGGAUCUGCACAUGAAGACUUUUGUGGGCUACAGAAACAGCACUCAGUUUCAUGUGUUUGAAUUAACACGACAGCUCCCCCGAUUUGCCAUGUAUGCGUUGAGCAACCCUGACCCUGCCAAAGAACCACUCAGCUUUGUUAACUUUACUGUCAAUGAACGGGUACAAAGAGUUGUUAUGUGGCUAAACCAGAACUUCCUAUUACCAGAAGAUAGUGAGAUCCAAAAUGCUCCAUUUCAAGUCUGUUUCACAUCCCUGCGAAAUGCUGGGCAUCUCUUCAUAAAAAUAAAGCCCAGUGGAGAGAUCACUGUUAGUACAGAUGAUAUUGAUCUGGCUGGGGAUAUCAUCCAGUCAAUGGCUUCCUUUUUUGCUAUUGAAGAUCUUCAGGUAGAAGCUGAUUUCCCUGUCUACUUUGAGGAAUUACGGAAAGUUCUUAUUAAGGUGGACGAAUAUCAUUCUGUACACCAGAAACUUAGUGCUGAUAUGGCUGAUCAUUCCAAUCUGAUCCGUAGUUUGUUGGUCCGGGCUGAAGAUGCACGUCUUAUGAGGGACAUGAAAACAAUGAAGAAACGCUAUGUGGAACUUUAUGACCUUAACAAGGACUUGCUAAAUGGUUACAAAAUUCGCUGUAACAAUCACACGGAGCUUUUAGGGAAUCUAAAAGCAGUAAACCAAGCUAUACAAAGAGCUGGCCGUCUUCGAGUUGGAAAACCAAAGAACCAGGUGGUCAGUGCUUGUCGAGAUGCAAUCCGGAGCAACAACCUCAACAUGCUAUUCAGGAUAAUGCGUGUGGGUACAGCUUCAUCAUAGGAGUGGUCAGAGGUGGUGAAAUGCUGUCAGUCACUGGGAGUGUUAGUUUUUUCCUUAUUCACCUAAAGGAUUGAACAUUUAAUAAGACCAUGAUAUGCCAUGAUUAUGAAAGGCAAGGUGAUUCUGUGCCCAAGUUUCACUUGUAAAGCACUAUUACUGAAAAAUGUUUACAUUUCCUGCUUUUAAAUCUUUUAGACGAAUACAAGGUUGAUAUAUGGGGAUGUUUAAAUCUGUAGGAAUUAGUGUUUUUUAAGCAUAACUGUUGUUUAAAUAUAUAAAACCUUUUCUUCUUGAAAUUGUAUCUUUAAUAGCUUUUUUAGUUAGAUCCAAUUUUUAUUAAAAUUUAAAAACUUUUGACCUUUGUGUUAUGAUUAUUCAAAAA